AUGUUGGGGAUCUUACUGUUAGCCUUUUUGCUGUUUCUUCUUCUCUACCUCGAAAUUAUUUACUCUCUCCCGUUGUUCCUGUUGAUCUUCAUCGCAAGAAUUUACUUUUCUGAUUGCGAUACAGUGCUUCAUUUCUACGCGACGUUUGCGAAGAAACCGGAACCUCGACUCCGAGGAAAGGUUGUUUGGAUAACCGGAGCAUCUAGUGGGAUUGGAGAGCAUUUAGCUUACAGGCUAGCUCAGUGUGGAUGUAAAUUGGUGCUAUCAGCCAGAAGAAGAGAUGAAUUGGAAAGGGUAAAAAAUCAGUGUUUAGGUUCGUAUGAAAUGAAACACUCAGUCGUUCCGAGUUAGUAUCAAUAUACAUGUAGACAUCAUAUAUACCCCUUCGUCCCUCUGUCUUAGCCCUUUUGGAUCAGUCUAUCCUACGAAUACAGCCCUCUCUCAUCCCCCCGCCCCCACCCCAAUCGCCGUGCGUUUUGGUCCCAAAAAUUUCAUACUGGUGAUGUAUUAAAUCUGUACAGAAUCUGGCCAGGAGCUAUGAUUGGUUGACAUACAAAAGGUCACAAAGAUCAAAUAUAUAAGGUAGCUGAAUCUUCCAAGGAACACUCAUUCCUUUGAAAAAUAUUCACUUCCCAAGGAGUAGUUUUAUUUCUGCUGGCACCAACUGUGCAGCUGCACAGAAUGCAGAAGCUCAUACGAACAAUAAUCAAUAAGGAGAAACAGACAUUCAAACAAACUUAUGUCUGGAACCCCAUGACUACUAGAUCAAUUAAGUAAACACAAAUUUACAUCAUGAGAACAAAAUUGUUUUGAACCAAACUGCAGAUGUCUCUAGCAAAAUGUAUGAGUGGUGGGGAGCAUUGAGAGGUUGUGGCUGUGAUCAGCUAUACACAUCUCCUUUGCAUCCACAGUAAGGAUCAAUGACCACACCACAUGGUUUCUUUUAGGUGAUAAAUGAAAAAACAAACAAACAAACAAAAAAAACCUUUGUCUACAACUACUUGUGUUGGCAGCAUUUGGUCAUAGAAAGUGAAACUUAGACUUUUAGCAGUGUAUGUGGUAAAUAAUGGGUGGCUAUAAUAACUUUUUUCCCAUUGGUUUCAUUAAAGUAAAUGUCAAUACCUCAGGGCUUGGCUUUAAAGCCGACGUUGUGAAAAAAGAAGAAGAACUAUCAUUUUCAGUAGAUGCUGAAGAAAAAUAACGUCUGCAUGCAAAUUUCAUUUUUGUGAGAGGCUUAAAAGUGUUCGAAACGAAGUAAAACUUUCUUUACACUCACCGAUGCUUAGCUUAAAAAAAAAAAAAGAGUGAGUCAUUAAUGAAGCACUAUGUCAAAGUUACGUGUGCCUUUAAGUGAGCCCGUAAGUUACCACGUAAAACAGAAACUUAUGAGAGUGCUAAGUGCUUUCCUUGCAACACCCGUAAGUGUACCCAUAACGGAUUCGUAAGUGACCUACUUAAGUGGAAACUUAAGUGUAGGUUUUAUGCAACCGGGGUCCCCGGUCCCUGAUGUAACUAAACUGCUAUCAGUCUCUUAAUUUCCCCAGAUUUUGUAAGGAGAGUGCAAGUGAGGGCGAGUGUUGAGCUGCAUGAUGGGAGAAAUGUGGGAGCAGCCCAGAAGAAUAAAUGCACUUCUCCCAUCUCAUGCCUUUAGGCACACCCAUGGUCAUUUUUUGUGUCUCCCUCCGACAGACUAAGAAAAAUGAGUCAUUGCUGGUAGUCGACUAUUAUGUGACAAAUAGUGAAUGCCAAAACCUUUCAUUUCAUUUAAUGUGGAGGAGGCCAUGCCUGACCUGCCAGUUUUUGUACUAAUGUUUUUACACUGUUCUUAAUUUUAACCAGUGUCACAGUUUCAGCUUAUCUUGGUGCCAUUUGCCAUCAUUUUAUUUCUCUAGGCCGCCAGUCCCUUAUCAGAAAUUAUCUUAACGGCACCUAUCAUAUAAUUAUUAUCAUGAUUGUGGUUUUGCAGGUUGCAAUGCUUACAACUGUCAGUCAAUAGGCUCAUUUUUAAAAUCCUUCUUCUCUUUGUUGAGGAUGGGUUUAUGGGUUUGACCAUGCUCUUGGUGGUGUUGAUGAUUUUUAUGGUUGCUAUUAUUAUUAAAUCAUUAUUACAUUUUCUUGUAGAUGUAGCAAGUAAAAUAUUUCCAUUAACUUUUGAAGAAGAUUUUCUUGUUCUGCCACUCGAUGUUACUGACUUUCCAACCCAUGAAGGCUGUCCGGAAACAGUCAUCAAACAUUUUGGCAAGGUACCUGAGAUUCAUGUUUUAUACUUGUCUCCAGGAAUCAGAUUUAUUUUAGAUUGUUCAUCCUUGUCAGUGAAUUAUAAUUGUUGCCACUUUCCUCAACUCUUACUUCCGGGUGAUUUGAGACCCUUGGCAAAUCCUAAAGGACACUGCUUUGAGACAUUUGUUUUUACUCGUAACAACUUCUGUGUGUAGAUUUUUUUCAAAAUGUAAAAGUGCCUGUGAUUACAUGGUGGGUAAUUCAUUGUUAAAAGGCAGUUAGUUGUAACCAAAACAAAUUCUCUAGUGUGAUCAGUGUACAUGUACUUAGGUAGCCCGUCUACAGGCUAGUAUUUAGAGGGGGGGGGGGGGGGAAAAAACCCCGGGCCCUUCCCCGUGGAUUCCCCCAAAAGCCUUUUCAGGGCGUGGUGUGAUUUUUUCGACUUAAAGGUGGUUGUUAAAAGGGGGUAGUUGAACUCUGUGUCUUAAAUUUUGCUUGUAAAAUACUAUUUUUUUUUUAAAUACAACUUUCUUCUGUCCCUGUUUUAUUUUUUAAAAAAAAAGAAAUUGUGUUGUUGAAAUGGGGGUGAUUUAUUAUUUGAAAAUAGGAUGGUUUUUACAAAAAAAAAUUUGUUGUGUGGGGGGAGGGUAUGUGUUGUGGGUGGGCCCCCCCAACAGGGUUUAUUUUGGGGGGGGGGGGGGGGGGGAGCAAAACCCAGGGCCCUUCCCGUCGAUAUCCCACUAAAGCUAUUUACGGUACUGACUGAAUUUUUCGACUUCAAAGUGGCUGUCAUAAAGUGGUAGUUGAACUUCGUGUCGUACAAUUUUGCUCUGAAAUCAUACUUCUAAUUUCAAAUCAAACUCGUGCUGUGCACUUGUUCAGUUUUAAAAUCACGUGUAAGAUUUUAGGCCAAAUUGCACCCCACUCAGUUCAACUACCUUUAUUAAUCAAAUGUUGUCAUCACCCUCAGAUUGAUUUUCUAGUAAACAACGCAGGCCUUGCUCAAAUGGGAUCAUCUGUGGCCAGUAGUUUGGAUGUCGAUCAGGCCGUGAUGAAGGUUAACGUACUGGGUGCAAUCUCGUUAACAAAAGCUGUUCUUCCUCACAUGGUGCACAACAAAUCUGGCCAAAUUGUUGUCGUGAGUAGUGCCUCAGGGAAAUGUGGUGAGUUUAUUACCCUUUAAGCCUCAGUAUCCACAUACAAAUUCUCCCAACUGAUCUCUAUGCAUUUCCUUACUGAAUUAGUUGAGAGACUGAAUUUGAAAAACGAGAGCAUUUCCCUUUUGGUGAUCUUUAUAUCAAUUCUCGUAAUCUUUUCUAUUGAUUCAAUAUUGGUAAUGUUGGGAGAAAACUGAUGUUUGUCACUCUUGGCACUUAUAGGAUUAAAAAGCAAACACUAAUUCUUACUCAUUUAACCCUUUCACUGCCAGAGUGAAAAAAGGAGUUUUGUAAGGUGGCUCCAACUUUUGAGUCUGGGAACAAACUUAAUCCUAUGGAGUGACCAUUCAAAUAAAACCUCUCUGCCUGCGAUUUUACAUGGUACUAUUUGUUUUUCAAAAUUUUACGAAAUGAAAUUGGAAUUUUUUUUUGAAUUUUGCCCUUGGCCACAUUUGGCAGUGAAAGGGUUGAGUAUGCCUAGUGGAGAUCAAGUCCUCAAGAGUAAGCAACGUCAAUAACAACAUCAGUAGAGCAUUAAGAGAAAAAGGUUGUGAGAAAUAAUUAAAUGACGCGGAUCUUUUAUAAAAUUCUCUCAACUAAAAAAACUGAUCUAACGGUGUGACGGUUGUAGAAACAAGUUGAUGGAAGUAAUUGGGAGUGCUUGGGGAAGGGUGCCCGUGUCCCCUCCUUCAGUUAGUAGGGACCUUACGAAAUUACGACGACGACGGCAACAUCAAAAAACAAAAGGUUUAGUUAGUAGUUAUAUAAUGAUGCCAUGGUACUCACUCACUUGGUACUUUUCCCCUAUCAUUAUUCAAUUAUUUCCGUCAUCCCACCCAAAAUUUCAAUGACGGAAUUUAGACUAACAAAUUUUUGUACUUUUUUAAAUUAAUUUCUGAGUUUAUCUUCUAUCAUUGUUCAAUUAAUUUGUGUCUUACGUCUUGUACUUUUUUCUGGUUAUUUUCUAUCAUUGCAUUUUUUUACUGAUCAUUUAUGUCAUUACUCGAUUAAGCACUGUUAUCAACUAUUUUCUGGUAAAAGCUGUUAUCUAAAAUUGAAUCAGAAAAAUAAAAUGGCUUAAAGAGAUUAAUAUAAUAAUAAAAACACAAUGAUUAGCAAGGUUAUUCCAAAUUACGCAAAGAACAUUAAGAAGGAGUAUAUUUUUAUAAUAGAUAUCAAUAAAAAAUGUGAAAAAUUUUUAAAUAAAAUAGACGAAGAAAAUGUUUUUAAUUCCCCACAAGCUAAAAAGCUUAUUAUUUAUUUUAAUAAAUUUUUAAUUUUUCAAGAACUUGGUCAUUUUAAGGAUAUUAGUAAUUAUUGUUUUGAAAAUGAAGAUGUUAAUUUUAUAGUGUAUUUAGAAAGAAAAUUAGAAGAAAAUAUGGAUUUAUUUUUUAAUCCAGUUAGUUUUAAGUUUGAAGAAGAAAAGUAUGAGAAUGAUGAAACAGGUUUCAAAUUAUUUUUUGAAAGUUUUGAAAAAUUUAAGGAUAAAAUAAAAGAAAAAGACAUAAAUUUAAUUUUUGAUAGUGAUAGCGAUUAAAUAUGUUUUAAUCUCAUAACAUUUUUUUUGUUAUGAGAUUUUUUUUAUCUAAACAUAAGAUAAAAAAUGUAUUGCUAUUGUAAAGAUGAGUUUGAUUGGUUGAUGAAAAUGAUAGAAAAAGGUAAUUGUUUUUCUAAAUGGGAAAAUAUCAGUAAAUUUAUAGAUGAUAGUUUUUUAGAAUUACGUUAUAUGAAAAAACGAUUUGGUUACUUAUUUUAUGAUGAAAAUAAAUAUAUCAAAAAAGUUAAUGGUCGUAAUGCUAUUUGUGUUAAUAAAGAGGACCAAUUUGUUUGUCGUAAACCUGAAGAACCAACAUUUCAUGGAAUUGAUGAAAACGAACCGGUGUUUAAUCCAGAUGGAAAAACCAAUAAAAAGCGUUAUCUUAAUGUCACCAUUCCUAUGGAAGACACAGAGCGUUAUGAGAUUAAGUAUUUAGAUGAAAUUGAUAGAGGAGAACCUUAUGUUACAAAUGGCGAUAAAUCACAAGACGAAGAAAUAAAAAAAACUAAAAAUAUUCUUAAAAAGAUUAAAUUGGUAAAUCCUGAAAUUUAUAACAGCGAUGAUUUUUAUGAUGUAUUAUAUUCAAAAGAGUUUGAUAACAUCGAACUUGAGAAAGACCAUAAAAAGUUUUAUGAACAAGUAAGGGAAAUUGUAUUAUGCGAAAAAAUUUAAAUGGUAAGAUUAAUAUUAGGAGAUUUUCCCAACAAGAAUAAUCUAAUCAAAAUAAUAAAAUGGAACCAAGAUCUAGAGAAACUACUCCUACAAAAGAGGAUUUGGAAUUUAUAGUUGAUGAUGGUUAUAGACAUGAUGUGGAUCCAGAUUAUGUUCCAGAUGAAAAAUAUCUUGUUAGUGGAAAAGAGUUUAAAAAGUUAACACAAAAUGCUAAAAAACUUGGUGCUGAAUCGCUUGAUUAUUCAAAACGAAAAAAUAACAAAUACAUGGUUACACUUUCAAGUGGAAAAAAAGUUCAUUUUGGAUCAACAAAAUAUGCUGAUUAUCUUACUCACAAAGACAAAGAUAGAAGAGAUAAAUAUCUUUCUAGAGCUACAAAGAUUAAGAAUAAACAAGGAGAAUUAACUUAUAAUAACCCAGAAUCUGCUGACUUUUGGUCCGUUCAUUUACUUUGGCCUAAAAAAUGAUUUAAAAAAUAAUUUAAUAAUUAUAAUAAAAGUGAAUUCAAAUAAGUGUAACAACGAAAUUUGUGCUGCAACUAGAUAUUAUCUUGAUGACGGCGAUAAAUUUAAUAGUUUAGAAAAAGAAUUAAGAAAAGUAUCUGGUAGUUUAUUUUCUUUAGAACAAGCAGUAAAAGAACUAAAAGAAAAAGUAAAUUUAUUAGUAAAGAAAAAUGAAAAGUUGGUUUAAGAAUAAAAAGGUUUUUUAAAAAAUGAAUCGCAAAAAAAUUUUAAAAGAUGGAAAGAAGUUUUAUAUUCAUCCUACUUUUUCUAAAUACUCCUCUUCAAAAGACGGUGAAAUUUUAAAUGUAAAAACUGGAAGAAUAUUAAAAAAAAAUUUGACUGAUCAGGGAUACUAUCAGUUUAGUAUCAGUGAUAAAAAUCUAUCCAAACCAAAGAAUUACUAUAUACAUAGGUUUGAAUGGGAAUGUAUUAAAGGUGAUAUUCCAGAAGGAUAUGUAGUUGACCAUUGUGAUUCUGUUAAAACAAAUAAUAAAAUUGAAAAUUUACAAUUACUAACUGUCUCAGAAAACAUCAGAAAAGGAAAUAAUAAACCAAUAAAAUCAUUUAAAAUCAAAAAUAACAAACAAAAAAAUUAUGAAAGUAUUACUUCUGCUUCACUCGAAUUAGAUAUUUCCUUUUCAAUUAUUUCUAAUAUUUGUAGAAAAGUAAAGUAUUACAAAACAGUGAUUUCCAAAAAAGAUGGGGAUAGAUACACAUUUGAAUUUUUAGAAAAAAAAGUUUAAAGAUUAAAUAAAUUUAUUUAAAAUGCAAUUGUCAAGUUACGAAAAUCUCACCCAAGACAAUAUUAUCUUUAAAGAAUCCAAAGAAUUUAAAGUAAAAGAUAGCAAAAUUAAAUACAAGCGUAUUCCAAUUGAAAUCAAAUAUUCGAAUGGAAAGAAAGGACCGCUUGUAAUCGAAACCCCAUUUCUUUUUAGCUUUGGUGUUAAUGAAAAGAAAAAUCAAGAAACAAAAAAGUUAGUAGGUUAUAGUAUCCCAGUAUGUCUUUGGGCUAAAGAUAGCGAACCAAAUAACAAAGAAAAAGCAUUUUUGGAAGUUAUUAAUAACGUAACAUCUCUUUCUCAACAAUAUUUAGAGAAUGAAUACGGUCCAGAUUUAGCUUCAUCUCUAACUUGUCCAUUAUAUUACAAACAGGAAGAAUACACUGAUAAAAAAGGAAAGAAGAAAACAAGAAAUGAUCCAUCAUCCGCACCAGUUUUUUAUGCGAAACUUAUUUACUCAGAAAAAUCAAAGAAAAUUUUAUCUUUGUUUAAGGGAAAGGGAGGUAAAGAUUUAAAUCCUUUUAAAUAUAUUGAUCAGUACUGUAAUGUUAAAUUGGCAUUGAUAAUUGAAGGAAUCUUCAUAAGUAAAACUGUGACAUCUUUACAAAUAAAAGUACAUGAGUGUUAUGUCAAACCACUCAAACCUAGAGAGUCUUUACUAACAAUUGAAGAGGAAGAUGAAGAGCAAAGCGAUAUUGAAGAGAUAAUUGAUCAAGUAGUCGAAGACUUAGUUAUUUCUGAUGAAGAAAACGAGUAAAUAACUAUUUUUAAUACGAAUUUCGUAUUAAAAAUCAACCAAAUCCUUAGAACUAACCCAUGAGUUAAAUUUAUCAGGAUAUCCACUCCAUUUUACUAAUGCCAUUUUUUUCUUAUUAUCUCGUCUGAUAAUCUUUUCUAUUCUAAAUGUUUGUUGUUUUGUUUUUUGUAAUUCUUGGUUGUAGAAAGAACCCUUAAUUUCUUCUCCCAUCAGAUCAACAAUGCUAUACGUAACAGGUUUUGUAGGUAAAACUUUAUCAAUUACGAAUAUUUCUUCUGUCCAGUUUGGUGUGUAGCCUUUAUCAAAUACCUUCCUCUUAUACUUAGAAAUUCUAACACGAUCACCAAUUGCAAACUUUGAUUUACCAGGUUUCAAGUAAAUAGAUUCACCAUACAAAUUAGACCAAACUUUACUUUCAUUUUUCUUUUUACUUGCUUCAACAGGAGUCAUUUUUAUACUAGAAUGUCUAGCGUUAUUGUAAUCAUCAACUAGUUUAUCUAUCUUAUCCCAGUAAAUAGUGUUGUUAUUCACAGUAAACAUCUUCCACAUUCUGUUUUUCAUUGUUUUAUUCCAUCUCUCAACAACACUAGAUUUCUCCUCGUUUUCAGUGUGAUACAACUUAAUACCCUUUCUUUUCAGAAAAUCUUUAAAAUGUUUGCUUAUAAAUUCGGAACCUUUAUCAGUCCAUAACAUUUGAGGUUUACGUUUACUUUUGAAUAUGUCAUCGAAUGCUUUACUAACAGUUUCGGUUUUUUUAUCUUUCAAUCCCCUAAUCCAUCCAUACUUGCUAAACACAUCAAUAACCAUCAACAGAUAUUUAAUUCCUUUAUUCCACUUACUAAACUUUUGCAUUUCAACUAAAUCAGCAGCCCAGAUAUCAUCAAUUCCGUUUGAGACUACUGAUCUCUUUUGAAAGUUUCUUGUGAUUGGUUUGUGAAGUUCGUCGGCUAAUUGUUGAGACCAAUCACUACUCAACGCCGACUCGCGUUUUUUUGAAUGCCAAGACCAAGUUUUUGUUUUGUAUUAAUCAAGAAUCUAGCAGUUGAGCCCCACUUUGGCAUUUCACCAUAUGGUAUCUCAUCCAAUGAUUGUACCAUCUCUCUAUCGCAAUCACCUUUGUUUCUUCCCAUGUCGUAACAAAUAUCGUGAUAAGCUGCAAUCUCAUCGACUUUGUUAUACGGUUUAACUUUCCACUCUGUCACUUUUCCGGUUUCAGGAUUAUAACUUAAUUGUUUGUCUAGAGGAUUGUAGGGACCCAUAUAUUUGUACGAACCUGGAGUCCAUCCUGCUUUUGGUUUUGGAAGUUUUCCAAUCCAUUUGUGAAUAUCUAUUCCUUUCCCAUCUAAUUCUGGUCUAUCAGUUUUAUACUUUUUAUUUGGUCUAACUUUUGUUGAUAGUUCAUCCAUUGCUGUUCCAACAGAAUCUUGAAUAAAUGGGGUGAGUUUAUUAAUCCCAUAAUUUACAGCUUUCUUCUGAAGAUUUUUAUUUCUCAUUAACUCGCUUGCUCCAUAUCUUCCCAUUUCAAAUGCUUUCUUUCCCAUCCAAGGUAAACCGUAAUGAACAAAUCCAUCAACUGCUGUACCAACAACAGUAUCGAAGACGCCCGCCCCUUCAGACGGGCUGAUUAGUUUUUUGACUUCUUUUUAGUUUUUCUUUUUCCACUUCCAGUUUGAGAAGCUGUUCCAGUUUUCACAUAUCUAACUUUUUUAAUUCCACAAACUGCACAAUGACAGAAGAAUUGAGUGCGCCCACGUUUAUCAGAUUGGUAACCACUUGGCUCUGUGCAAGGAGUUACUCUUUUAUCUUUAAUGCAAUAAGAUUCUUUCAUUUAAUAUAAUGUUUAGAUAAAAAAUAUGACUACUAGAUCUAAUUUUCUUAAAAGUGAACUUCAAAAGAUAUACGAUAACUUAAACAUGAGUUAUGAAUACGCUGAUUUUUCUAGAUUGGAAAACGAUACUAAAUUUAUAAAAGUAUUUGAGUUGCUUAUGGAAAUAAGUGAGAAAUCAAAUACGCUUAACAAAGUUGUAAAAGGAAACUAUCUAUUCUCAUAAAUAAAAUGGAAGCCAAAUUCUUUUCUGAGAUAGAGAAAAAGAUGGAUGUUAAAACAAUCAAGGAUUUCGAGAAAGAAGUAAGGACAAAAAUAUAUAAUGAGUUGGAGUCUCUUAGAAAGAAAAACGGCGAUCUUUCUAGAGUGCUAAUGGCUGGUGAAUGUCAGAUGUGGGAAAAAAUAAGAAAUGAGGAAUAUUCUUGGUUGCGACUAAAUAGUGAUAAAAAGAAGAAACUUUAUCGUCUUAUUGAUAUUUACUCAAAUUUUGUUGACAUAGUUGAUAGUGUUAAAGAUCUAAAUACAAAAGUUGAUAGGGUUAAACAGCUAAAGGAUACACCUGUGGAUAGUGAUUAAAAUAAGUUUAAAGACUAAAAAAAGUAAAGUAUAAAAAUGGGAGAUAGGUUUGUUAAAGAUUUUGAUUUAUCUUUUGAUAACCAGUUACUAGUUGAUUACGAGAUUGAAAUUCGAAAUGAAAUUAAAAGUCUUUUAGAUGAUGUUAAAAAAGAAAAUUAUUUAUUUUAUUUAGAAGUAAAUAGACAAGAAGCUAAAUUUUGGGUAGAAAUUAUAAAUAAAUAUAGUCAUUUUAUUAAGAAAGAAGAAGAAAAAUUUAAGAGGUUAAGUAAAAUUGUUUGCCAAUGUAAUUCUCUUUGUGAUGUUUGUGAUAAAAUUUCUAGUAUUUUAUUUGAUCUUAAAAGAAUUAAAUCCAAAUAAAAAACCUUUAUAGAUUAAAUAAACUAUUUUAUUUAAUCUUAAUAAUUUAAGAGAAAUAAGCCUUUAUAAAAUCGCUGUUAUCGUUAUCAAAAUGAGGGUUAUGUAUCACAUCUAGAAUACCUUUACCUUUUUGUCGUUCGAAUAAAUAAUAUAAACACCAAUAACCACAUAGAACAGUACUACGAUUUUGUAUUUCAUCUAUCGAGUAAACAAUAGGUUUUACAGAUCCCGUGUGAAAAUAAUCUAAUACUUCGUUUGGCAUUAUCAGUCCAAAUGGAUCGAAGUACUCAACCACUGAAUCCAGAUUUCUAUAACAAACCCAGUGUGUUCCAGGGCCUGUUAUAUCAUCCAGAUUAAUUAUUCCACAUUCUUUUCUAAUCUUUUUUGGUAAUCCAUCACGACUAUAUAUUCCUCUGAAAUGUUUAAUACCAAGUCUUUUUACCCAUUCCAUGAGGUCAAAGUUGGAUAGAGGUUUAAUUACAAAAUGGAGCUGAGAAUGGUUAAGGUCAAUUAUAGAAUUGUUCCUAGAAUGGGAAUUGAGUUGAAUGGGCUGUUUUUUCCUAAUAGUAGACCCUUGCCUUUGGACUUGGUCUUUUUUUUUUUAACUCCCAUUCCUAUAGGGUUUUCCCAUGUACCAAUAAAAGGUGGAGAGCGAUACGGAUAACCUUCUCCAUGUGUGGGAGGAACGUAAACAUUUGCUGUAUUAGAUGAAGCACGUCUGUCAACCUGAAGUCCUCCUCCAAGCAUCUUAGAUACCAAACUAAUUGCUAUUGGAAUACCAAUAGAAGCAAGUGUUCCCAAAAAUCCUCCUUCUAUCUGUUUACGAGUUGGUUUUAUAACUAAUUGACCGCCUGUUUUAUAAGCUUUGUUGAUUUGAUUUAUUUGUGAUUUGGUAAAUUCUCUUACAAGAGGUGGUAACAUUGGGAAAAACUGUGGGGGAAUUGUGAUUCCUUUUCCAAAUAUUUUAUUUAAUCCAAUUUCUCCAAGUGCAGUAGCAGCACCAGUUGCCAAUGCAGGAACAACUUUUGAAACUCCUUUUAUUGCGUAAGGUAGUACUUUUGCUCCAAGAGAUGCUAGUGAUGAAAAUAAGUUUCCUCCAUGUUUUACAGAACGUCUAAUCUGUGUUUUACUUAUCUUUAUAUCUGAUCCUGUGCCAUUUGCAAUAGAUUUUUUUAUUUUAUCAAUUUGUCUUUUUGUUAACAUUAACUCAUCGGAACCUUGAAGAUGAGAAUGUUUUAAUCGAAGAGUUAGUGGUGAUUGAUUUAUUAUCGCAGAAGCCAGUUUUGACUUUUGUCCAUCUGUAAGUGUUACUCCAUAUUCAAUAUAAGUAGUCAUUUUAUUUAUUUGAUGUUUAUAUUAAAUUUAAUCACUUAAUCUUUUUUUAUUUGUUUUCUCUCAGUUGGUGGUUAAGUUUUUUAAUUAGUUUGAAUGUUCUAGGUGUGAUAUAUUUAGAUUUUAUUUUCAAAAUCUAAAUAUUAUGUCAUAGUGACCUUCUAGAAGGUUAUUGUUUUAAAUCACGAGGUUAUCGUGUGAUUUUUUCAACCAAUCAAAUGAUUACACAACAUUUUCUACAAGUUGUAGAAAAUGUUGUGUAAUUAUAAAAUUCUGUGUAAUUAUAAAAUCUUGUGUAAAAUUCUAUGUAAUUAUAACAGUUCGUAUACAAAUUUGAUUAUGUCUUACACUUUGAAACAGUUGGAAGGACGCAGGUAUGUCUGAGAUUAAGCCCUAAGCAAUAGUUUUCCUCCUUGCUGUUCUAUUUCUGCCUCUCGCUCAUGAAGCACCAGAGCGUAAAUAUUAUAAUCAGCGUUUGGAUUAGCAGAUAGUUCGUAAUGAAACGAUAAUUUUGUAACUCCAUCUUUUAUAUCCAUUUUUUGUUUUGUAAGAUCAAAAUAAACAAAAGGAAACAAAGACUCAAAAUUUGUUCUAUUGAGAAGUGUUCCACCUUGAAAGUCAUUAUUUGCAUAUACGUAUGACAUUACUUCUCGAAACACUCUCGCUGGAUCUGUAGCUGGUUUAAAGUGAAUAUUAGGGUACUCAUUUCCAUUUCCAACCUCGAGAUAACAGCGAGAUAUAUUAGCAUUGUUUGGUAGGUUAAAAGUGUUGUACAGGAAUGGAUUUUCUGUUUGUGAACCAAUAUUGGCUGUGUUAAUUCCAAAAACAAAGACAUGACGUGGUUUUGAGAUAGCAUUUGUAAUUCUAAAAUGACCUGUUUGCUGUUGAGAGUUAUUUGAUCGCUCUACUACUUCAUUAAGAUACACCCAUUUGUAGGGCUUAAGAUAAUUUUCCAUGUAUAGUAUUUUUCCUUCUGAGUUAAAUGUUAAUCUUGGAACAAAUAGUUGAAAUCUUGUUAAUAUAACUCUACAAGCAUUACCUCCAGUUCGCCAGAUAAGAUUGUUAUCCAAUUCUAUUUCUAUAUUCAAUUCAAUUUUUGUAUUUGGAAGAAGUUUGUCCUCUAAUGAUUCAAAGAAAGAAUAUCUGUUAAGAGGAAUUUCACAUCGUACAGUUGCUGAGUCGCCUAAUAGUGCUUUUCUUACUGCAAAACCGUUGUUAUAAUUAGCUUCAACAUCAUCUAUCAUCAAUCCUGCUUCAUCAGCGUUAUUAACUGCAUUCCGUCUGUGAGUUACUUGCCUUUUUGUAAAUCUAUUUCUUUCAGCAUUUCUUGUUGUAUCAAGAUAGUAAAAUUCAUUUGUGGCAACACUCUCAACAUAAGAUGGAUUAUACUCAAGCAAAUUCUUAAUAUUUACCACAUGAUUAGCAUAGUUGCAACUGUAAACAUCUCUACCAUUUGCUAGGAUGGAUAACUUUUCUAUUAGAGAAUUACUUCCAUUUACUAUUCCCAUUUGAUCUCCAUCUGCAUCUAUAUCAGCUCCAGCAGCCAGCUGAUCAACUUCGAAAUCCACUGAAAAUCGUGCGUUAUACCAAUCAAAAGGAGUAUCUUCUCCUGUGUUAUCAGCAACAAAUCUAUGACCUGUUUUAAUUUGAUGAGCAUUAUUUCCAGGCGUGGCUAAAGCCUGUUCAAGGUCAAAAACAACAUCUUCAUAUCUUUCUAAAUAUUUUGGAUUUCUAAAAGACUUCAUUUUAUUUUAAUAAUUAUAUAAUUUUCUCUUACGUGUUGAACCUCCACUAAGAAUGGCAUUCACUCUUUUAUUUAUCUCUUGUUGAUUGUUUGGAAUUGUUUCGACAUUUUUAUUAAAAGUAACUUUUUUAUUAGAAUUUUUUUUGGUGGGUGGAUCUUUUGAUAACAUUUGAACUAUCUUAUCACCGGCCUUUUUACCAGCAUGUUCACCGGUUUUUGUUGCGGCUGUUGUUACCGCUUUUUCAACGCCUUUUUUAGCAGCUUUUUUCAUUGUUUUUCCAAAUAUUUUUUUACCAAACGAUUUAAACACAUCCAUUAUUCCUUCCCCAUAAAUAUGUUGUCUUGUAUAUCUACCCAAUUCAGGGUCAAGUUUCAUUUUAAACUCUGAUUGUCGCAUCAUUUUAUAUUAAUAAUUAUACAAAAAAGGGAAGGGGUUUUCCAAAAUUAACUUCAUUCUUAUAAAGGGAGGGGGGUGCAGGGGGAACCGUAGGUGCCCCCGCUUACAUUGAGUGAAGUAUCAAAGUCAUAAACCAAUCUAUACCGUUGAAAUUUACUGGUCUUCCAAUUGUGUCUGUCACAUAGACUCUCAUUUCAUCAAUGUGAUACGAUGAUAAAGGACAAUACAAUGGUCUUUUAGGUUCAAACGUAAAUGGAUAAGACCUUGUGAGAUUAUCGGUUGGUAUCACAGCUAUGGUAUUUGUAUUUAUUCCAUUUACAAUGCUAUCAGUUAUUGCUGUUGUGUUGAUAUUUAACACAUCAAUCGAAUUUGUGAUAUUUGGUAGUUUUGAUCCAUACUCUUUUUUUGUAAUAAGUUUCUUUUCAAAUCCAAUCAGGUCUCCAAAUUCUGUUCCUCUCAAAUCAAGUUGAUAGUUAUUACUAACUGAAAUUAAAAUUCGAUAGGUAGAUAGUAUAAAAGUUAGAUUGAUUGAAUACUCCUUUUCUCCUUUGGAGUCUGUUGAGUGAUGAGAAUUUUGAGCCAUAUAUUGAUGAAUGUAAUCAUUAAUAUCUGAGUAGGAAUACAUUCCAUCUACAAAAGUAAUUGUUUGCCAGGUUGAACCAUCAUGGGUGUAUUUGAUUUUAUUGUUGUCGUAAUCACUUCUAAUAUUGUACCAAGAGUAAGUCAUGGACAGCCGGUCAAGAGCAAGUUGAUGUCUCUUUUCAGGGUCGAGUUUCAAAGAAGGAUUAAAUUUGAUAGUAAAAUCACCGGGUCUGCUUGUUCCUCUUUUUUCCCUAUUUAUUGAGGAAAUGUGUAUAGCUCGUUCUUCCAUUUUUAUAUAAUUGGUAUAUAACUUUUUAGUAAAUCAUUUAGUUGUUUUUUUGAGAUUACUUUCAUUUGAUUGAGAAGAUGUGCUAUUUGAGAAAACUCGGGUAUUACACCAUUAUUUCCAGCAAGAAUUGAACCACCUAGUAAUUCAAGUCUGUCUAGAAGUUGAAGUGGGUUGUUAAAGUAAAUCAUUCCUUCUCCCAUUUGAUACUCAAGCGAACCUAAAUAAAGUUUAAGAAUGUUUUUGUAUUUAUGUAGAAAAUCUUUUUGCAUUUUAAUCCUUUCUAUUUCUUCUUUAUCUUCUUCUGUUUUAUGUUUUUUUCUAUUCAAACCAGCUAUUUCUCCUGUAAAAACUUUUACAUCAUUUUUUACUUCAUCAAGUAUUUCUUUAAGUCUUUCAGGGUUAGUAUCAAAAAAAUCAUUUGGCCUUGGAUAUUCCAUCAUUUUUAAUAUUUCUAAGUCAACAUUAUCAAGAUUUUUUUCAAUGUUAUAACGUGUAGGUGAUUUUGGUUUAGAUGAUGUUGGUUCUUCAUAAUCACCUUCCAAAGCUGGUAAUUCUCUCAUUUCAGCCAAUCUUAAAUUAGUUUCAUUAAUUUUUUCCAAUCCUGAUGUUAAUGCAAGUUGAUUAGCUUGAAGUUGUGCUAUAGUUGCGUUUUGCUGCUCAUCAAUACUUUUUUUAAUGCUAUCUUGAGAUUCAAUAAGAGGUUGAAAUGUUUCUUUAAAACCUUCCCUCAUAUUUUGUUUUUGCCAUUUUGUUAUUUUUAUUAUAUCUCUCACCUGUUGAGUUAAAGCGUCAGCUUCAAUUUUAUUUCUUGCAAGUUUUUUGUAUUCUUCAAUAUCCAUUUUAUAUAAUAAAUAGAUAAAUGGAAAUACCAAACUAUGAUAGUGUUGAUGAUCCAGAUAAAAAAUAUAAACAGCUAUUUCCUUUUAUGCCAGCGGAUACUUUUCGAAUGUUAAUUUGUGGAAACAGUGGAAGUGGUAAAACUAAUUUGCUUUAUCAUAUGUUAAUUAAACCACUAUUAUACUAUGAUGAGAUUUAUCUUUAUGCGCGUAAUCUAGAACAGGAUAAGUAUCAAAAGUUAAUUCAAAAAAUGAGGGAGUUGAGUAGUGAAAUGGGGUAUGAAAUACUUCAUGUAAGUAAUGAUGAAAUAAUUCCAGUGUCAGAUUUGGAUUACGAAGACAAUCAAAAACUUGUGAUAUUUGAUGAUUACGUUUGUGAUAAAAACCAGAGACAACUUAUUGAUUAUUUCAUCCAAGGAAGACAUAAGAAUUGCUCUGUAAUAUAUCUCAGUCAAUCAUUUUACAAAACUCCAAAGGAUAUUCGAUUAAAUUGUUCUCACUACUGUAUGUAUGAAUUUCCAUCAUCAAGGGAAGCAAAUCGCAUAUCAUCAGAAUUAGGAGUUGAUAAAGAGGUUUAUAAAUCAGCAACAAAAAAACCCUUUUCAUUUUUAUAUAUUGAUAAACCUAAAAAACGUAUUGCAAAAAACUUUACUAGUAAUCUAUAAAAAAAUAUAAUUAUUAUAUAAAAUGGGAAUAUUUAACGAACAAACUUUUGAUCAUCCUUUUGCUAAAGGAAUUCAGGGUGCUCCAGGAGUUGGAUUUAGUCUAACAGCAGAUGGAAAUUAUGAUAUUAAUAAAAAAAGACUUACAAAUGUUGGUGCACCUAGUAAUAAUACUGAUGCUGCUACAAAAAAAUAUGUUGAUGAUAAUUCUAGUGGAUCACAAACAACAACACGAUUAACAGUUGAUUCAAACAUUGAUAUGAAGGAUAGAUAUCGUAUUUUAAACCUUAUCACACCACAGGAUUCUAAAGAUCCAGCAACAAAAUAUUACGUAGACAACACAUUUCUUGACAGAGAUGGAUCUUACCCAAUGAAAGGAAAUCUUAAUAUGGAUAAUAAACAAAUAUUAAAUCUGCCAGCUCCAAUGGGUCCUAAACAACCAACACCAUUAGGUUUCACAGAUAUGAAGUAUCUCCACGUUGCUGGAACAAAUAAAAUGACUAAUAAUCUAAACAUGGAUAAUAAAAAAAUAAUUAACCUUAGACCACCAACAGACUCCACAGACGGUGCAACGAAAAAGUAUGUGGACGACUCAAUACCUGAUACUAGUUCUUUUAUAAAAAAGGAUGGAAGUGUUGCAAUGACUAGUAACCUAAAUCUUGGAAACAAAAAAAUAGUUGGUCUCGCAACUCCAGUGUCAAACACAGACGCCGCAACAAAGAAAUAUGUGGAUGAUAACACAGGUGCCCCAGAUUUGAGUGAUUACUUGGAAAAAGAUGGUACCGUCACUAUGACAGGAAACCUUAAUCUUGGUAAUAAUAAAAUAGUUAACCUCAGUGACCCCACCACAGAUCAACAAGCUGCUAAUCGCGGAUGGGUUCGUAAACAAAUAGAAAUGUUUGAUCAUCAUUCUGGAGAUGGAACAAGUGGUGUGUUUACUAUAACAGAUCCAGCUGCGCCAACGACUUUGUAUCUACAAUAUAUCUCAGGUUCAUCAUUUGAUGAUUUUGUUUUUACAACAUCAACACCUGGUCAACCUCUUGUAGGGUGGAAACCAACUGCUAACACAUACAUUAACAAAAUAGAAUUUCAAUUUGGUUCGCGAAAUAUAAACGUUGACUUUUUGUGGUUUAUUCCUAGAGAUGACUCUCAUUCCAAUUCUAAUUUUUGGGUAAGUGGAAAUCGCACUGGCACUUGGUCAUUAAAUAUUCACAAGUCUUGGAAUUAUAAUAUGUCAGGAGUAAAACUAAGAACCCAUAACAAUUCAAAUCACACAGCUAUCACUUGUCGGCUAUUCACUGAUCUACCAAAAGCAAUAACCAAACCACUUAAGAGAAUAGAAAUCAACACACCUAAAAUUGUAAUAAGUGGGGAUAUAAAAGCCGAUGUCAACCUUGGUGGUAAUAAAAUAAAGAAUCUGGGUGUACCAACCCAAGACAAUGAAGCAGUAAACAAAGGUUAUGUUGACAAUCUAGUUCAUCAUACCGCAGUUCAACCAAGUCAUUAUAAAGAUGAGUUUAGUUAUCUCAUGACAAGUGGGUCUCAAUGGACUGAUGAAAUAGAUGGAGGAGUUAGUUUUGUUAUAAAUAAGAUAGGAGACUUAUCUCCUUCUAAAGGUAAUUUUCAUGACUAUAACCACAAAGUAAUUUUCAUGACUAUAAACAAAAAUUCUGAAGGUAAAUAUAAAUAUAAGACGGGAAUUAAUUUUUACAGACUAACUGCAAAUACCGAAUACACACUAUGUUUGGAAAUACUCAACACUGAUUAUAAUCUUUGGAAUAAUACACAAAUAAGUGUUGACAAAGGAACUUCAAAAGGAUUAUCAAUUGGAAAUGUAAUUGUAAAAAAACUAUCCCAUAGAUAUACCGAUUCAAAUAAGCUAACAAAAGUUAUGUACUACCACAGAAUAAUAAUUAAUUUCCGGAAGUUGCCAUCUGGGAAUAAGUUCUUUAUUCACAUUUUGGUUGAUAUUCUUCGGGGUGGAUAUAACAUAUCUACGUAUCCGAGACUGUUUUCAGGAGUUUACAUCAUUGCUUAUGGAAUUGUGGGUACAUUUAGCAAUAUCGAUCCAGAUAAAGUUUACGACUAUCACACCGCAUUUGAUAUUAAACCAACAGAAGUGGUGUACAACGUUGAUAUAAAUGCAAAUCAAAAAGAAAUUAAAAAUAUCAAACUUGACCGACAAAAUGAUAAUAGUGCUGCAACAGUUGCAUUAGUAAAAGAACUAGCUCCUCACACUAAAAAUGCUUUGUAUAGAUUAUACUUUAGUGAUUUCUAUGACUUUGCUGAUGCGGAUACUUACGGAAUAAAUAUAGGCUCAUUUGGAGUUAUUAUUAAUUCUUUGAAACCUAAUAUAACACUACCUCAUAAUAAAGACCUAAGUGAAAUAUCAGAAAAAGGAUUACAUAUUAAUGGUUAUGAUAUUACUUUUUCUCCUUCACAUUCUUCGAAAUCUACUUUAUGUAUUGUUUUUAGUCAUUGGAGAAAUAGGAGUUUUACCCUAACUAAAUAUUUAUCAACAAACAAUAAUAUUUUAGUAAAAUUGGAUUAUAAUAAAUCAAACAAUAAAGUAACUUUAACUGUCAACAAAACAACUCAAAAUUUUACUACGCUAAGUAGUUUUAAUGGAAAAAUAAUUGUUUUAUGGCUAGCAGAAAAUCUUAGUGCAAAUGUCACAAAAGCUUCAAUAAGUAACUACAGCUCAACAUUAACUAUACCAGCUGUUAAUUACAAUGCUAAUCAACGUGGAAGUUUACAACUGAAGAUGGAGUGAUAUUAAGAUUAAUGUACUCUACAAACUUUUACGACAUCGGCUCUGAUCAAUAUCAUAAAGUAAUGCUUCAAGAAAAGUUAAAUGGAAGUUAUGUAAUUUAGAUAGGUGGUGUAGCCAAGGGAGGGGUAAUAUAAACAAAAGAAUAAAAUGAAGGAUAUCUUUGAAUUCAAUCACAUAGAUAAAUCUCUUUCAGAAUCAGAAGUUAAAACCCUCAAAGACUUUUAUAAACACUACCACAAGAAAUACUGGUGUUUUAAGAAAUCGUAUAAGAGUUAUAAAUUUCUUGAUGACGUUUUUACAAUAUCUGGGAUGUUUGGUUGCAAUAGGAACUAUUUCUGGUGGAAUAACCCUAAACCCUGUUGUUCUUGGAGUAGUAAAUGGAGCUGGAGUUAUUGUGACAGGAAUAGGAAAAAAAAAUAAUUAUAAGAGAAAAAUUGAGAUGACAAGAAUUGCAUUCACUAAUUAUGAAAAAGUACUUGUUGAACUGCGUGCAGCUCUUCGAGGAGAUGAGUGGAACAAAGAAGAGUUUGUUGAUCGCAUGAAGUUGGUAGAUGAAAUGAUAAUCGACCAAACACCUAUAGCAGAUAGAUUUGUUAGUAGGUAUAAAAAAAAGUUCGGACUAAGUAAACAGUGAUUUUAAUAUCAUUUUGAUAUUAAAAUCUAUCCUGUUUUGAGUGAUUUAUAACUAUCCCACCAAUUUUCAUAAUUAUUUAAAGUUUGUGGUGAAAUCUUAAGAUAAAUUAGUUUGCUCGCUUUGCUCGAUUCACCCCCCAUCUCAUCCAAAAGUUUUUUAAUUAAAUAUUUGAUACUUAUCAUUCUCUUUCUGUUGUAUUCUUUGUUUAGUAUUUCCAUGACGUGAUUGUCUAUUUCCAUUAACUUACUAUAAAGUUCGUUUUUUUGUUCGUUGGUUAGGUUUAUUCUUUUAGAAAUUUUAUUAACCUUUUUUUCAUAGUAAUACUUACGUUGAUAUACGCUCUUUUUUCGAUAAUGCAAUCUAUCAAAAUCUUUAUUAUCGUAAAAGCCUAAUACAUGUCCGUUUGCUACUCCACAUUCAUCACAAAUUUUAUAACCGCAAUCAAUGGUAAAAGAUGUUCUGUUUUCACAAGCACAACAUUUAGCUUUUAAAUUUGAUUCAUCUGAGGAAUUAAUACUAUAAUCACCCAAUAUUCCAAGAUAUUUCUUUACUUGGUCUUCUGUAUAUAACAUUUAUUAUUAAAUUUUAUUAAAUUCACCUAUCUUAAAGCUAUUGUUUUUACCUUACCCAAGAGAACUUCACGUUUAUCAUCUUCAUUACUUAGAGCUACUUUGUUAACUUCUUUUGAAUAUAUAUCAUGAUUUUCGCUUCUUAUUAUAUUCAUUUUUCUCAUUUGUUUUUUACCUAAAAAUAAACAUUGAACAUAGUCAUCAAAAUCUAAUUUCUUUUUCACAACAUUUUUCUUUAUUCCUUUACACUUUCUUACCUCUUUAUCCUCUUCUAUUUUAAAACUGUAAAGUUUAGGUCGUAAUCCAACAAAACAAGUUAUUUGUUUUCCUGCUACUUCAUCUUUAAACAUCCCAAUUACUUUUUUGUUAACUCCUGUCAAUAUUCCAGAUUCAUGAUUGGGAGGAUAAUCAGAAGUGUCAAACUUUUUUUUUAUAUCACGAGAUAUAUCUUUGUAAAAAUCAUCUGUGUAAAUCUGGUACAUAAGGCUAUCAGUAUCAGUAAACAAUAAUUCAGCUUUAUUUUUGUAUUUCUUUCUUAUGUAAUUAUAAUGAAAAUCAAACAUCAAUGUUUUUGAUAAAUCAAGAAUUGCUUGACCAACAUAUACUGGUUUGUCAAAAUAAACUUCGGUUUUUUUCAUAUGAACAGCUAUAAGAUUUUUAUCAAAUAUCGUAGCCCUAUCAAAGUUUGGACGACUUGUUAGUUUAGCAGCUUUCUUACAAUUAUCAACGAGUUCUAUAUUUUGUCUUUUUCGUAUAUUUUCUAUUGUUUUUCCAAACACAGAGUUAUUCAUAAGUUUGAAAAAGUCUUUCUCAAAACUAUUGGCUGAUGUUUUUCGAAGUUCAGUGUUUUUUCGUAUAUAUGGCUCCAUCCAUGGACUUUGGUAAAAAGAUAUUCCUCUAUGAACCGCAGUUAUUCUCAUUCCCAUUUCAAGAUAUUGUCUAAGAUUACGAUAAUGAACAACAUAGUUUUUUCUUUUUUUAAAAUGACAAAUUAGUUUUUCAACGCCAUUAACAAUCAUCUUCUCAGGUGCUAGAGGAUAGUCAUUAUGUGUUUCCCAUAGAUGCUUAGGGUAUACCAAAUCAACUUCAAAUAUAUAACCUUUUCUUCCACGAUUUGACAUACUAUGAUUUGUUUUUUCUAAAAUUUCCAUUAGUGACUCUUUUGUUAGGUUUCUCAUCCAUUUAAAUCCAUGUGUUGGAAGAUUUUGAGACAUCGCCCAACCAUAAAGAUUAUUCGCAUCUAGAUAUUGAAUAAAGGAGGUCUCCUCAUCAGGAUUAUAAGUUUUCAUGUAUUUGUUAUUAGCUUCUGCGUAUCUUUUCGAUAUAUGUGUUAUUCCACCACGAAUACCUUUUUCAAUCAUCAUUAACAUAUCAUAAUCAUGUAGUAACUGUAAUUCCUGCCCUGUUUCUUUGAGACAAGCAUCCCAAGCUAAACCUGGAGAUGUGUAAUAAUGCGCUGGAUCUAACUUGUAAUGUUUUAGACAAGUUUUUCUAAAGUUUUCAAAUACAUCUGACAAAAGUAGGACAUCAGACUUUAGGUAAAGAUCGUGAUAAUCUCUUAAUGAUUUACAUUUAAAAGUAUUCCACACAUUUAUUGCGUGUUGGUAAUCAUCUUCGGUUAUGUCUUCAUCAUUUAGUUUCGAAUAAAAUUCUUCUUUUGGUGGUAAUUGUGUUUCGGAUAGUUUUUCAAGUGAUGAAACAUAAUCAUAAGGAUAAACUCCCUUCCGAGUAAGAAGAUCUACAUUUUUCUUAAAUUCUCGUUUUGUAUUAUGAAAAUCAUCUGGUUGUAAAUUUGAAACAAGAUUAGCAAGUGAUGUUUGAAGAAACUUAAACGAAUCUAUGAAACGAAUUUCAAAAUAUAAAGACAUCAUUUGACCAGUUUUUUUAGACCUGUACUCAUCAACUUUAAUCUUUUUAGAAAAGGAUAUGUAUUUUUCCUCUGUUGAAGGAAUACAAUUUAAAUCUCCUGGUAAACUUGCGAGUUGUUUUAUAAACAAAUGAGCAUCAUAACCUUGAAGAUUAUGAAAUAUAACUGGAAGAACUAAAGGUUUCCUACAAUUAAGAUUACAACUGUUAUGAGCAGCACCUCGGUACUGACUCGUAAAAUGACAAUGAUCUCUAACUUUGUCUUCCAAUAAUUCUUUGUUACAAAUAUGACAAUAUUCCGAUUUGUCAAAUGAUUUUUGUUCUUCUUGGGUUAGUAUAAGAGAUUUUGGUUUACGAUAAAAAUCAUUAUAAAUUCCUCUAGUUGCUUCUGUUAGUUUUUCUACGAAUAUUUUUGCUAUAUCUUCGUCUUCUUCUGUUUUCGAAUAAACAAUUGGUUUGAUUUUUUUAUCAACCACACCUUUAAUAAAAAUACAAAAUCCUGAUGGUUCAUGUUUUUGGUAAUUGUAAUUAUAAGAAUCUUCUGGAUUAGGACAGCAAGUAUUCAUUGGUUUGGUAAAACACUCAAAAUCCGCAUAAGCUACAAAAGGAAUAGGAAGUUGUUUGUGAUGAUUUUUGAAAUGUAAAAUCGAUCCUGAUUUUGGCAUUUUCACAGAAACUGACUCGUUAUUCGAACAAUAUAAAAUAUGUUUUUGUAAUAAUUCUUCUUUUGUAAAAUGAGUAAAACAUCUCUUACAAAUAUGAAUUGGCUCAUUUGUUCUAUAAGUGAUUUGUGACCGAAAAAGACGAGAAAAGUUUUUAAUCAGAGAAUAAUGAUAUUUUCCAUUCUCUUCAUAAAGAAAUAAAUCUAUUGAUUUUUGAGGGUCGCGUAACGCCAUCCGAAGAGGAUAAAACUUAUUGUUGUGUGUAACUGAAAAUACAUUUAUACCUGGUAAAUCUGGAUUAAUAGAUUCAAAUUUAGUAAUGUCUCUGAUUUUAACUGGAAAAGUAAAUCCCUUAGGAAUAUUAAGCUCAUGCUCAUAUUGUUCUAAAUCUUUCAAACGACAAUCAUUCUUUUCUCUUGGAUGAAGAUAACGAAGUAUAGACCACAAAAAACAUUUAGAAUCUUUAUUUCGAAUACUAACAAUUGCUUUUUUUCUCAUAAUCCAAUCUGGAAGAGGAAUAUAAGAAGAACCUUUCAUUGGACUAAAUUUAACAGUAUGAAUUUCAAGUUGAAUAACUUCUUUAAAAUACCACCCACUACCAUUUUGUUGAUAAAUAUUAAUCUUUUCUGUGAUGUUACUGAUAAUUUUUUUAAGUAAAUCUUUUACAUCGGUUGAUUUGAGAUUAAUAUAAGUAUCUGAAUGAAAAUAUGCUUUGUCCUGAAUUUUAAUUAUAUGUUUAUCAUCGAAUUCCUCUUUUUCCAUCAUACAAACCAAAACAAACUUUACUUUGAUAUUUCGAUGAUUUCUAAUAAAAUCUUUAAGAAUAGUUAUUUUAUUUCCAAAAAACUCUAAGGGAGUAAUACCAGGUUCUCCCUUUAUUAUAUGUUUUUUAGCAAAUUCAUCUAAAGCUGAUUUUUCUUUUACAACUCCUUGAUUAUGCUCCUUAAUAGCUCUCUCAAGAGCCUCACGAAAAUAAGGAGGGGUAUCUUCUGGGAUUUCUUUAUUUUUAAUACAUUCUUGAAAAUACUCAUCGAAUGAUUUUAUCUUUUUGGGUUUUAAUUUCUUUUUCCAUUCUUUUUUGAUAUUAACACCUUUUUUUAUUUUUUCAUUGAGUUUAUCUACUUUUCUAAUAUCAUGAAUUAUUCUUUCUUUUUCAGUUAAUUCUUUGUAAUUAUCCUUAAUUAAUUGUUUCUUCUGGUUUAAUAUUUUUUUUAAUUCAGCCAAAGAUAAACUCUUGUAAUCUUUAUCAGUUAUAAGCGAUUUUUCAGCCAUUUCCCUUUAUAAUCUUAUUAUAUUAAUCUCUUUAAGCCAUUUUAUUUUUCUGAUUCAAUUUUAGAUAACAGCUUUUACCAGAAAAUAGUUGAUAACAGUGCUUAAUCGAGUAAUGACAUAAAUGAUCAGUAAAAAAAUGCAAUGAUAGAAAAUAACCAGAAAAAAGUACAAGACGUAAGACACAAAUUAAUUGAACAAUGAUAGAAGAUAAACUCAGAAAUUAAUUAAAAAAAGUACAAAAAUUUGUUAGUCUAAAUUCCGUCAUUGAAAUUUUGGGUGGGAUGACGGAAAUAAUUGAAUAAUGAUAGGGGAAAAGUACCAAGUGAGUGAGUACCAUGGCAUCAUUAUAUAACUACUUUAGUUCGCAAACAAUAACUCUGCUAGUGCAUCACGCUUUUUUUGUACAUUAAUUUUUUUUUGCUGUCGCUACGUGACUACGACUGGAUAUGGCCAAAUUUUAUUUUUUUCUGAGGACGGGAACGGCCAAAUUUUACCAUCUCUGUCUGAACUCUUCUUUAAAGAUACUGGGCGACUUGGGAUAACUACGAAAUGGUUUGAAAGGAUGCAGAGUUCUAUUUUUUAGCGAGAUUUUCAUGGAAGUGGCCGUUGUGGGAUCGUAAGGUCCAUAGUCUCGGCCCUUUGAAAGUUAAAAAGUAGCUAAUAAAAAAUUGUGGUAAACGUUUGCUGCUUCAUUUGUAGAAUUUGCUCGCGUAAAAUGGAAGUUAGGGCAACUUUAUUUACUCCCGAUUUUCUCUCCUAAAAUUCAAGCCUCGCCCUUUUCUUAGCCUGUGAACAGGCUCUCUGUUUGGUGAAAGGGUGAAAAAAUCGCGAGGAGAGCUGGGGAAGGGAAACAGAGAACCUGUUCACAGGCUACCCUUUUCUCGAUAUGCCCGUUCUCUUGUCAUUGCCAAUGCUACAUGCAAUACUGGUUGUUUACCAAUUACAAAAAGUUACCGGAAAAUCCGAUGGGGAGGUAAAUGUAACGUGACUUUUUGGGUCGUUCCAGCGGAAAAUUUCCGGGAGCAACGGAAAAUCUGAAAAGGUAAUCCUGUUAUUUCCAAACGGUAGUUCGUGUGUCAUUUCUUCAAAGCCAUUUUUGUUUCAGGCCCUCGCGUCCUUUUUUCGUGAAAUGGGACUGAUUUGUACAAAUGGAAAAAGCGAUUCUAGGACGAAAUAUACCAGUUUUGAAUUUUGCUUGUCAUUUGCCCAAACUGUGAACCGACCGGUUUGCCCAUGUAAAUGGCUAAACAAGUACUAUAUCUAAUGACUUUCUUUCCUUUUUACAGCCGCUGGUCCAAAUACCGCAGCUUACGGAGCUUCUAAACAUGCUCUUCAGGUAAAGCAAUGUUUACCUUUCCAUUUACAUCACAUGAUAACAAUAAGUUAAUGUAACAGAGCAUUUUAGAGGCUCAUUACAGGUCAACGAUUGAAGGGAACAACUCACACAGUUGUCAAUACUUAUGAGGGAACUUAAGCAACGACGACGAGGAUGUCGGUGAAAACGUCGCUAAAGAAAAUCAAUAUACGUCCUUUCAAACUUUUUCGCGUCUAUUUGGACCCGCUCAAUUGGUAAAAUAUAGGCGAUUUUCCUGGAGUUGAAUUAUUAAGGUUUUUAUCCCGGUUCAAAAAGAGAAAGGAAAAUUCGUCAUAGUUUGUUCAAGUCCUGUAUAAAACGUUGCAUUAGGAGGUUUCAGGUCGUAGUCGUGCAGUGGACGUCAAAGAAAUGUACUAAAAAGCUUUUUGUUCAUAAAACCAACUGGUUUUAGACGUUGUUGUUGUCGUUGUCGUCAUGGUUACUUAAGCUCCCUAAUCUUCAAGUAAAAGGAAGUAAUUUCAGGGAGGCAGCGUAGCCGAGCGGUUAGAACGUUAGACUUGUUAUCCGGAGGCCCAGAGUUCAAAUCGCCCCCUGACCACAAGCUGGAUUUGUUCUCGGUAGUGCCGAGCUCAAAUUCUCGGCCAAGUUUGAAAAGUAACCAACUGGUUCGUCUCCCACCAGUUGAGAUUCUUAACCAUGUUAUAUUCUUUUUGAAUCAUUUGUUUUAUUAUCCCUGAAAAGCCCUGUAUUAAAAAGGGGAGAGGAUAAUUAGGUCCUUAAAUUCAAACUUUAAAUUUCCAAGGCGUAACGAGGAAUAUGCUCUUUUUAUAAUAUGUAGGGCUAUUUCAACUCCCUACGCUCCGAAGUUCACAGUCAUAAUAUUGGCAUCACUUUGGUUUGCCCUGGUUUAGUUUAUUCCAACCUUUUAAGGAAUGCGCUGCGGGAAAAUACACAGGUAGGGACUUGCUAAAUGUCGUAUGAAUUAUUGUAAUUCUUAUGCACGUACAAGUGAAACCUCUAUUAAGUGGACACCUUCGGAACCUUCCCAAGUGUCCGCUUAAUGAAGGUUGUUCGUUUAAUAGAGGUUGCAAAAAUUGCGCAAUGUUUGUUAACGAUCAACAUUCAACAGUUACUCUGUACUGUGAUAAAGUUGCAUGUUGUUAAAGAAGCUAUCCAAGUUCAAGUUCAUUACCUUUCAUUACCAACUUUAAUUUUUUUGUAAAUGCAAAAACAUUAACUGACUUCAGUACGUGUUUCAAGGAGGUAAUCCAAUACUACUAUUGUCAAUUCAGUCCGGCGUCCGCUUAAUAGAGGUGUUUAACAAUAGAAAUUAGCUCAAUACAACUUAUUUUAGUGUCCGCGUCCGCUUAAUAAAGGUGUCCGCUGGAUAGGGGUUCGUUAUAAAGGGAAAUAUCAGACGUACGUUUCGGGGCCCAGCUUAGUGUCCGCUUAAUAGAGGGUGUCCGCUUAAUUGAGGGUCCGCUUAAUAGGGGUUUCACUGUAAUUUGUUUUCCGUCAUCGCCAUCGUCACCGUCACCGUCAUCAUCAUCAUCAACUUGAUCGCUAUCAUCAUCAUCAUCAUCACCAUCAUCAUCAUCACCAUCAUCAUCAUCAUCAUCAUCGUCAUCAUCAUCGUCAUCAUCAUCGUCAUCGUGUAGUAUGAAUUGUUAUUCUUUUAUGUGAAUUCUUCGUUUUGGUCAUCAUCAUUAUCGAUUUUGGGGCCAGUCUGGGGCAAAUGGUCCUGUUUCUUUUAUACCUGGUUGUAUAUUUGUAGUAAACGCGAGUGCUCUAAUAACAAGGUGAAAGUUAAACCUUUGCUCUUCAUUUCAGUAAUAGAUUUGAUAUGACAUGUAUUUCUAACUAUAAUUUCUCAUUACGUAUCGCUUACACGGCACUUCUUUAAUUUUUAAAAGGACAUUUUAAAGUCCCUUCUAGACACUUCCUUAUAACCAGUUUUCACUGUAGUAGGUAACGUCACGCAUGCAGGAACUCCGCUAUGUAUUUUGAUAGUUAUUUCCUUGUACUCGACAGACUCGUAAAGAUCGGCCAUUUCCUCCAACGACCAUCAAAACAGAAAGAUGUGUGAACCUCAUCACGAUAGCAAUGGUAAACGGUUUAAAUGAAGUAUGGAUUGCAAUUCCCAAGAGGAUGUUCGAGUUAUAUCUUGCACAGUAUUCGCCUUUCCUGUUCAAUUGGUAA